GUUUUUUUGUUGGGUAAUUUAAAUCCCCCCCUUCCCUCACACCCCGGGGUUUUUGUAUACCUUCUCUGUCCCCACAACCAAACCCCUCCUUUAGAGAGAGAAUUUCCCAUUUUUUUUAGAGGGAGAAACAAACUAACAUAAACAAUUUUUACUUCUUUUUUUCUUAUUAUUUUGUAAAUUUUCAUUUCUUCUUCGUUGAUUCAAAUGAAAUGAAUCAAAUGGAUGAAUGAAUGAUUGAUCAUACAUAAUUUCUUUGAAAGAGAGAGAAAGAUUUACGUAUCUCUUUGAGAUUUUUUCAUUGUAAUAAAAUAAUAAUUUUUAAAAUACGAUUAUUUUGUUCUACCUUAUUUUUUAUUUGAUUAUCAGUUGUAAAUUAGGUAGUUAUAUUGUUUGAUCGAAGAACGAAGAUCGGUUCGUUUGUUUGAUUAUCAGGAUUACCUACCAUUUGUGAAUUCUGUAGUUUUUUCCUGGCAUGUAUGUCUGAAAAAUGGUGUUGUUAAAGAGAACGUUGGAUCACGGUUAUAAUGGAUACCGUUCGCCUGCUAUACCUAGAGCUCCUAGAUCCAUACGGAAACGGGGGUUUCGUCAGAAGACACCUGAAAACGGUGGCCAAGUAUGUGCAUUUGAGUUGUUGGCCACGGUUGCUGGAAAGUUGCUAGAAGAGAGUGAGUGCUCUUCUGCUUCUAGUAGUGCAGCUGUUGGAUUUGAUCAGUGCAGAAUUGAUAAGGAUAUCGUUGUUAAGAAUGAGCCUCUGGAUGUUGAUAAAAUACUAGGAGGCGAACAUGAUGAUCAGGGCAGUUCCGAGGGUAGUGUCUUUUUCUCUGGCCUUCAGAGGGAUUCAUGUAAAGGGAAGAUUGAAUUAGUGAAUGAAGUAACUGGAAAGCACGGUUCUCCUUUCGCAAGCUCUGUGUGUUCUGAGAAGAUUGAUUCUGAUUCAAAGUUGGUGACCCAGAAAAUCAACAGCUUGUUUGUAAAACAUUCUUGUAAAGUAGAUGAGAGUUCCCCCAAAUGUGGGGAGUCUGAUGCCAUUAAUAUAGAAAAUGGGCUCAUUAGGAAGCUAUAUGCUAACGGGGGUGCUUCUGGAGUUGGUGCUACAGCUAACAAGUCGUCUGCACCAACCAACUCUGAAGAAAAUGUUAACUUGACCCUUGGUAGGGGUGCUAAUCCUAAUGCUUCGUCUCUGAAACAGGGGAACGAUGUAAAAAUAAACUGUAAAGAUGAUGAUGAAAUUCUUUCUCAGUGCUCUAAACCUAACAACAUAAUGAAGGCAUUCAGGUCACCUGCAUGUGACGAAGACAACAAGCUUUUGUCGUCUAAAUACUGGAAGACGGCUCCAAAACUGAAGGAUUAUGAACCUUCUAACUCAGAUGGUGGAUUAAAGAACAAUGACUCUAGUAAGAGGCCCUCUUAUGAGAUAGACAGGUCUCAGCGUAAUACUCCAUUCAAGAAACGAAGAUUAUUUGAUCGAAGCUCAGUGGUGACAUAUGAUGGAGGCAUAAGCUGUGAAAGUGUUUCUAACUCGCCUGAGAAGGGCGUAGAUGAUGAGAAGAAUGCCUCAGCAGGAAAGCUGCUUGAAGGAAAAGGGACACCGUCUUCAGGUCUUUGCCGCCAAAAAUCUUGCAAUUCUAGAAACUCUCAAGUGCGACUUAGCAUUAACUCCUUCAAAGUACCAGAGCUUUUCAUUGAGGUUCCGGAGAGUGCAACUGUUGGUUCACUUAAGAGAACUGUUUUAGAGGCUGUGACGACUAUUCUUGGUGGAGGUUUGCGUGUUGGUGUACUUCUCCAAGGAAAGACGAUUCGAGAUGACAACAGAACUUUACUCCAGUCUGGUAUAUCCCAAAGUGAUGAUAUGGAUACAAUUGGGUUUAUGCUAGAGCCAAAUAGUCCAACUCAACCUUCUCCACUUAAAUGCUCUGAAGAACCUCCUUCUCCAGUUCCAUGUGACUCACCCAAAUUUGUAAAUAGGUCUCAAGUUAACCCUAAUGGCGACAGUUUUGUUAUCAAAACUCCGGAAAAACCAUUUUUAACUGAUUCAAUUAAACCAUCUGGAAGUAUCAAGGACUUAGUUUCAUAUCCUUCAACUGAACUGACUGACAAAACUGUUUCGAAAUCUAAAGCUAUAGUGCCUGUUCCUGAAGAAAGCAUGGAAGCUCUAGCUGUAGUGCCUAUGAACCAAAGAUCCAAGCGUUCAGAUAUUGGACAACGCCGUACUAGGCGACCCUUCUCUGUUUCUGAGGUAGAAGCACUUGUUCGAGCAGUGGAAAAACUCGGAACUGGAAGGUGGCGUGAUGUUAAACUGUGCGCCUUUGAGAAUGCUAAGCAUCGAACUUAUGUUGAUUUGAAGGAUAAGUGGAAAACACUGGUUCACACGGCAAGAAUCUCACCACAGCAAAGGAGAGGGGAGCCAGUUCCCCAAGAUCUUUUGGACAGGGUUUUAGCCGCGCAGUCUUACUGGUCUGAGCAUCAGGCUAAGCAACAUGGAAAGCAACAACAGCAACAGGGUAUAAUUGCUAAACUUACCGACUCCGUAAGACCUUAACCGGGAAAGCUUGAAUAUUUUUUUUUUAGUUUGUAGAUUUCUAAUUGUUGUGUAGAAAAUUGGGAAGAAAAAAAAAAGAAUUUGAUAGGUAUAAGUACAACAACUUACAGGGAGUAAAGAAAAGUUAUUGUAGAAAUUUUACAGAACAUUCCUGUAGUCAAUUAUUUGUCACAUUUUUUUACCAUUAUUCAUUGCCAUUGGCUCACAAUUAGUGGAGAAGCUUUUGGCCCCUUUGUAAAUGAUUUGUAACAGAAUAAGAGGGUUUUUCCAAAUUGGAAAUCCCAUUGUUCUUU